AUGAAUUUUUAUAAAGACGAACAAAUUUUUUUGAUUUUUAUCUUUAAUUUUUUUGUAGAAGUGGAUGUUGGCAAGCAAGAAUAUGAACAGUUGCAAGAUAAAUUGAAGGAAUUGGGUUUGAAAAUUCAUGAUAUACAACCGGAUGGAAAUUGUUUAUUCAAGUCUAUUGAGCACCAGCUGAAAUACUAUAGCGAGAAUGGGUACAAUUUACCAAAAUACAAUUACAUGGAGCUGAGAAGAUUAAUAGUUGAUCACUUGAAAAGCAACCAAAACGAAUACGAAAGUUUCUUAGCUGUGAACAACACCAGUGAUAGUCCUAGUAUUAACUACCUAACAUAUUGUGAAAACAUGCUAAAGGAUGGCGAGUGGGGAAGUGAGCUUGAAAUCAUUGUUCUAACUAAGCUGCUAAACUGUAACAUUAAAAUACACAACUCUUACAACACAAUAGAGUACAACUCACCAAAUAACUCUGGAGCAACCCUAAAUAUUUCAUACCAUAAACACCAGUACCUACUUGGAGAACAUUAUAACUCCAUAAUACCUAUUUAA